AUGUCUGGGGCCAACAGCUCCAGCCUGACUCCAGGAUUCUUUAUCUUGAAUGGUGUUCCUGGGCUGGAAGCUGCACACAUCUGGAUCUCCCUGCCAUUCUGUUUCAUGUACAUCAUUGCUGUUGUGGGCAAUUGUGGGCUCAUCUACCUCAUCAGCCAUGAGGAGGCUCUGCACCAGCCUAUGUACUAUUUCCUGGCCCUGCUCUCCUUCACUGAUGUCACCUUGUGCACCACAACUGUACCCAAUAUGCUGUGCAUAUUCUGGUUCAACCUCAAGGACAUUGACUUUAAUGCCUGCCUGGUCCAGAUGUUUUUUGUCCACAUGUUGACUGCGAUGGAGUCUGGGGUGCUCAUGCUCAUGGCCCUAGACCGCUAUGUGGCCAUCUGCUACCCUUUACACUAUUCUGCCAUCCUCACCAACCCUGUCAUCGCCAAGGCUGGUCUUGCCACCUUCUUGAGGAGUGUAAUGCUCAUCAUCCCAUUCACUUUCCUCACCAAGCACCUGCCCUAUUGCCGGGGAAACUUCAUCCUUCACACCUACUGUGAUCACAUGUCUGUGGCCAAGGUAUCCUGUGGCAAUGUCAAAGUCAAUGCUAUCUAUGGUCUUAUGGUUGCUCUCCUGAUUGGUGUAUUUGACAUCUGCUGUAUCACUGUGUCUUAUACUAUGAUCUUGAGGGUGGUAGUGAGUCUGUCAUCAGCAGAUGCUCGUCAUAAAGCCUUCAGCACCUGUACAUCUCAUAUUUGUGCCAUUGUGAUAACCUAUAUCCCUGCUUUUUUCACUUUUUUCACUCACCGUUUUGGAGGACACAAUAUCCCCCAUCACAUACACAUAAUUGUGGCCAAUCUUUAUCUGCUUCUGCCUCCUACCAUGAAUCCAAUUGUUUAUGGAAUCAAGACCAAGCAGAUUAGGGAAGGCGUAAUCAAAUUUUUACUCAGAGACAAGACAGGCUUUGCCUAA